AUGUCGACUGAAAAACCUCCUACCUCGACGCCGACUGUCGUCCGACGCAGCAAGACAAUGCCGAUAGACAGUCCGACGGCCAAAUUCCUCUACACCAUCCUUAAACAGCUCGACCUCAAAGGUAUUGACUGGAGCCUCGUCGCCUCGCAGCUCGAAAUCUCCAACGGCCACGCCGCCCGCAUGCGUUACCACCGCUUCAAAAACCAGAUGGAAGGCACAACCUCCACGCCUCGCAAGCGAGCCGCAAACAAAAAGUCAAAGACCAUCACCGGAUCUAGUAGCGAGGGCUUCUUCCAGAAGGAAAUCUCGCCGCAGCCUCUUCAAAUGAUCAAGACGGAACGGCCUCCUAGCCCCUGCGAGAUGAAACCAUACAUGAAGACCGAGACCGAUCAAUACCCGCAGCAUGUUCCGAACUUGGCAGAUAUCCCACAACACGUUCUGUCACCUCGGAUUAUGCCCAUGUCCAUGCAGGCGGUUUCGCGUGCUUGUGGCUCUCCGCUUCCGGCGCCGAUGCCAUAUCGGAGGAUGGAGCUUGUUCCGAAGCUGGCCAUGUAUGGGCCUUCGUCCAUGCCUAUGUCUAUGCACGCUCCGAUGGCGAUGGGGUAUACCCAGGGACGCUGCUCGCCCGUUGCGUGGACGCCUGUGAAGAUUGAGGAGGAGGAUAAUAUCUUUGGGAAGCAGGGUAUGGAUGUGGAUACCGGGAAGGAGGAAAUCGUCCAUGAGCCGAUCAAGCCUGUCGAAUAG